CCGACCGAGCGGACCACACCAAUCCCACACCCCCACCCCCACCCCCACCCAAUCGGAAGACCGUGCGGCCGCCGGCCGCGAUCGGAGAAGAUGGUGCGCAAGGCAAAGGUUGAGUUCGAUGAGCAGCCACCGGAUAACUUCGACCCGAAGAACCCAUAUGCGGACCCGGUGGCUAUGCUGGAGUACCGGGAACACCUGGUGCGGGAGAAGUGGAUCCAGAUCGAGACCGCCAAGAUCAUCCGGGAGCGCCUCCGCUGGUGCUACCGCAUCGAGGGGAUCAACCACCACCAGAAGUGCCGCCACCUCGUGGACCAGUACCUAGAGGCUACACGCGGCGUGGGUUGGGGCAAAGAUGCCCGACCGCCCGAGUUACACGAGCCCAAGAAGAUCAUCGAGGCGGAGUAGCUGCUGCCUCGGCUUCUCGUGCUGCUGUUCCUGGAUUGGAGGGGUUGCAACUGCUGCAGGAUUUCGGUCAUUUGACGCCAUCCGUCGCCCGUCGUCGCUACUCCCAUGCCCGGCUUGUUCUUUUCCUUUUCCUGUCCUGAACUAGCCUCAAUAUACUGGAGACCAAGAGCCGACAGGGAAUGUCUGGAUCGUGCAGGAACCUUGAGAGAGAUGGCUGAUGCUGCAGACCUAGACGACCGAUGAUGCAUUAUGACCUACCACAUUGCUCUCCUCAUCGGAGUGUGCUUGCAACUGUAUUACUGAUUUGAUGCAGGUUACUAUUGUUGUAACAUUGGCUGCAUCCUUUGCGAUCUCCUUUUUCCCCCCUCAUCACAUAUGUGUACAGUGGCCUGUUCAAUGCUUCAUAGAAGCAUAUAGGCUGAUGUCUUUUUCAUCACUGUGCAACUUGCCACCAAUAUUCCAUCUCUGUCGAGUCCAACACAGAUAGAAUUGUACUGUCUUUUUUCAAAGAGGUGCAGAGAUCAGGCACACCAAAGCAGCAGCAGCAUCCUAUUGAAGACCAGGAUUUUGAAGAAUCUAUAACUAAUCAAGAAGCAGACCAUUAUGAUUGUUGGUACGAGAGCAGGAGAUCAGGUGGCACGACAAAAAGUAGGCUGAGAGCGCAAAUGUAUUGUUAAGUAACCAGGUGACAUUGUGCUGCAUAACAAAUGAAUGAAGUCAAAUGAACUGAAUAAUUGUAUAUGAAGUCCAAUGAACUGAAUAAUUGUAUGAGCUAAACAAUUGCAUAACAAAUGAAUUGCUCACAGAUUCAGAGUUUCAGAAUAUUAAGCACUAGGCUUUAACCAAUGAUAGAAUUAUGCUCAGCAUGGGCUUUAACCAAUUCACAUUGCAAACCUACUCAGUGAACAGCAGAGUUUCAGUUUUUGCAAACCUAUUGAAUUGCAAACAUAUAAAAUACUUUGUAUAGAUUUUUAGGGAAGUGAUGUUCCAUAGAUUUUUAUCUUGGUAGUGCAAUAUGAAAGCAGUUCUACUACUGCUAUUUUCCUUACUAGUAUUGCAAACAUCGUACAUGUGUGAGAGGGAAUUUUAUGACAGUGGAGAAUACAUGUUUUUGUCUUCAUGUUUCUAGGGAGGUAUCAGCUACCAUGUCUUGGACCCGAGACCGAGACUCAUCCAGUUCAAGGAGCUCCCGCGCUCACCAGUGUAGGAUCCCCUGGCCUGGCAGCCCCUGGCUUUCCCUCUCUGAAUGAUGCCACGUAGCAGAUCAGGAAAGGAGCAAGAAGACGGACCAGAGGAGGCGGAGGGAUGGAGAGGGAUCGGGGCCUUCGACGGCACAUAUGGGAACGAGUACGAGAUGGGAACGGGACUGUCGAGUGGUGGCGGAUCGGGAGCAGAUGUUGGCGGCGGAGAAGAAGCCUGAAAUAUUCGUGGAGGUUGAGAAGAGCGCAAACGGUAUAGGGCCACGCUUCUCUGUGUCUCAAAUAUCCUACCCUUCAAGUUGGGCCCCAAAACGUUUAGACAAAUUUUAUUGAAAUGGGGCUCCUGUUGGAGCUCUCCUUUUUUGUUUAGGCCCUAUAUUUUAAUUUGUUUCUAUGUUUAAGGCUCCUAUUGGAGUUGCUUUACAAAGCCAUUUGUGAUGCUGGUAAUUCAUUGCAAUCACUUUGGGGCCAGUAGUCACUUGGGAGGGGUUAACCGGAAGUAGAGAAUAGAAUAUAAUAGAUUGAAUGCUAAACUGGCAACGAUUUCCAUUUAAGUA